AUGGCAUCUCAUGCGCCACUCAAAUUCAAAGGGAUACGGCCCGGCCAAGGGGUCAAGCCAGGAACCACUCUCCGGAUCCUUGGGGUUGGCGACUCCAUCACAGUGGGGUUUCUCAGUGACAUAGAGGGAGGCGAUGGCAACGGCUACAGACUUAAGCUCCGAGAAGACCUGUCAAAGGAUAGAGUCGUUUUUGCUGGGACGGAAACCAUGCACGGCACGAUGCGUGAAGGGUAUUAUGCAGCGUGGAAUGGCAUGACUAUCAAGUUCAUGUCAGAUAAUAUCGGACCUUCUUUGGCCCAGAGACCUAAUAUCGUCCUCAUUCAUGCUGGAACGAACGACAUGAACCCGAAUCCAGACGUUGCUAGAGAAGGCAGCGAACCUCACGCCACGGCAGACCGUCUAGGCCACUUGAUCGACCAGGUCGUGCAGACCUGCCCAGAUGCCACAGUCCUUGUCGCCAAAAUCAUUGGCUGCUAUGAUCCAGUCCAGAUGGGCAAUAUUGCUCUAUUCAACGCGGUGAUUCAUGAUGUUGUUCAAUCCCGACAAAGCGCCGGUAAACACGUUCUCACUGUCGACUUCUCGAGCUUUCCAAUGAACGCACUGAGAGAUGGUAUUCAUCCUACCAACCAGGGGUACCGCUUAUUCGGCGACUAUUGGUACGAUUUUAUCACCCAGAUUCCGGGCGACUGGAUUAAAGAGCCUGUUGGAGAUGAUCCGCGUCGAUCUGGAGAAUUGCGCCGCGAUGCACCCGUCAAAGGAAGAUCUACCAGUUUGUGCGAUCGACUGUUCGGCCUGUUUUUCGGCAGGGAACCAGAGCUGGUUUCGAAAGCUUGA